GCUCUACAGCUCCACACAUGGCUCCUACAAUCACUGCAGCAAUGGGCCCCUCUCAGGACCACCUCAGCGUCUCUCACAAGCUGAGAAAGCCUGUGGUGGAGAAGCUGCGCAGAGAGAGGAUCAACAGCAGCAUUGAGCAGCUCAAGUCUCUCCUGUGUGCAGAGUUCCUCCAACAGCAGCCAGACUCCAAGCUGGAGAAAGCAGACGUCCUGGAGAUGACCGUCACUGUGCUCACACGUCUGCAACAGCACAACAACACACACUUCAUGUCCCAGAGCCACAUGAAGAGCCCUCAGCAGAGCCACAGGGAGGCGCUCUUCUGUCUACAGAGCAGCACCAGCAAAGACAAGAGAGCAGAGAGCAGCGCCCCCUGGAGGCCCUGGUAGAACUGGACUGGUCAAAUGUAUUUGGUCAUUUGAAAAGACGACAGUGUUUCAGUCCUGAGCACAGAAGCAGAAAGAUGAGGGGACGUUAAAAAGGCCUCACCAUGUGUCUCCAUGAGC